AGUACUUCAUCUUUAAAAGAUUGUCAGCGGUUUGGCACUAAUUUUCAAAAUUAACUUAUUAACAGUUUAAAAUGGGUUUAUUUGACGGUUUAUUUGCGUCCUUCAGUACUGUGUGAAAUGGUGUUAAAGAAAAUUGACAAUAGAAUUCGAGUUUUGAUUGAAAAUGGAGUCCAUUUGCGACAUCGUUCCAUGUUUUUUAUUGUUGGAAACAAGGGAAGAGACCAGGUAGUAAUCCUUCAUCACAUGUUGUCAAAAGCAACUGUAAAAGCAAGACCAAAUGUUUUAUGGUGUUAUAAAAAGGAACUUGGGUUUAGCAGUCACAGGAAAAAAAGAAUGAAGCAAUUACAAAAGAAAAUUAAAAGUGGAACGUUGGACUUAAACAAAGAUGAUCCAUUUGAGCUGUUCAUAUCAUCAACAAACAUAAGAUACUGCUAUUACAAUGAAACACACAAGAUUCUUGGAAAUACUUAUGGAAUGUGUGUAUUACAGGAUUUUGAGGCGCUAACUCCAAAUCUUCUUGCUCGGACAAUCGAAACAGUUGAGGGCGGUGGUAUCAUUGUGGUCUUGUUAAGAACUAUGACAUCACUAAGGCAACUUUACACCUUGACUAUGGAUGUUCACGCUCGAUAUAGAACAGAAUCACAUCAAGAUGUUGUUGGUCGCUUUAACGAAAGGUUUCUUCUGUCGUUGAGCUCCUGUAAACAAUGCAUGGUGAUUGACGACGCUCUCAAUGUUUUACCUAUAACCUCACAAACACUGAAGAUAAGUCCUCUGACACCAAUGUCAAAGGAGGAAUCAACAAGUCCGAACGAAGUAGAGUUACGAGAGUUGAAAUCUUCAUUGGAGGAUACACCUCCCGUCGGCGUGAUUGUCAAUUGUUGCAAGACUCUUGAUCAAGCUAAAGCAGUUUUAAAAUUUAUUGAAGCGAUUUCUGAGAAAACAUUAAGAACUACUGUUGCAUUAACAGCAGCUCGAGGUCGUGGAAAAUCUGCUGCCCUGGGCCUAGCAAUGGCGGCUGCUAUUGCAUUUGGGUAUUCCAACAUAUUCGUGUCAUCCCCAAGUCCAGAGAACCUUCAUACGUUGUUUGAGUUUGUUUUCAAAGGAUUUGAUGCGUUAGACUACCAGGAACAUCUAGACUAUGAACUGGUACAAUCGACGAAUCCAGAGUUCAAUAAAGCUGUAAUAAGGGUGAAUGUGUUCAGAGAACACAGACAGACAAUUCAGUACAUCCAUCCUGGUGAUGCUCAGAAGCUGGGUCAAGCCGAAUUAGUUGUUGUUGACGAGGCUGCUGCCAUACCAUUACCGCUGGUCAAAAGUCUUUUUGGACCAUAUCUGGUUUUUCUCUCCUCUACUAUUAACGGGUAUGAAGGCACUGGAAGAUCUUUAUCGUUAAAGUUAAUUAGUCAGUUACGAUCUCAGAAUUCAACUUCGGGGACUGGUACCAAUGGUAAAAGUGACGACAAUAGUGGAAGCUCUAAUGGUCGCAUACUUUCAGAGAUAUCACUUAAUGAGUCUAUACGUUAUUCUCCCGAUGAUUCAGUUGAAGAUUGGCUUAAUCAGCUACUCUGCCUCGAUGCUACAAUUGUUCCUAAGUUUUCCUCUGGUUGUCCAGUUCCAGACUCUUGUGAUCUAUAUUAUGUAAAUCGGGACACUCUGUUUUCUUAUCACAAAGCAUCGGAGAUUUUCCUUCAAAGAAUUAUGUCGCUAUACGUUUCUUCUCAUUAUAAGAAUACUCCUAACGAUCUACAAUUGCUGUCAGAUGCCCCUGCUCAUCAUAUAUUUUGUUUACUUGGACCUGUUGAUGUCGCUAAGAAAACUUUACCGGAAAUAUUUUGCGUCAUCCAGGUUUGCUUGGAAGGUGAAAUAUCAAAGAAAUCAAUAAUGAGCAGUUUAGCUCGUGGUAAAAGAGCAUCUGGUGAUCUGAUACCAUGGACUAUUUCACAACAGUUUAAUGACAACGAGUUUCCAAGUCUCUCUGGUGGGAGAAUUGUUCGCAUUGCCACCCAUCCAGAUUAUCAAGGAAUGGGUUACGGUAGGCGAGCAGUACUCCAACUUAUUCAAUAUUACGAGGGCAAGAUAGCAAAUCUUUCUGAAGAUAUUUUACCUUCUCAAGAUCAAGAAAUACACUCCACUGAAUUCAGUGAGUCUGGUGAUCUUUUAAAAGAGACGAUUUCACCACGUCAUAAUUUACCACCAUUGCUGUUGAAGCUAACUGAACGCAAAGCAGAGAAAUUAGACUAUCUUGGUGUCUCCUUUGGACUUACCAACGAUCUUCUAAGAUUUUGGAAAAAAUCUUUGUUCGUUCCAGUUUAUAUGAGGCAGACUGCCAACGAACUUACUGGAGAGCAUUCGUGUAUCAUGUUACGAAAUCUAAAUCACGUGGAUGAAAAUAACGUUUCUAAUUGGUUAAAAGAAUUUUGGGCUGAUUUCCGUCGACGCUUUCUAUCCUUGCUUUCGUAUCAGUUUGGCAAGUUUUCAUCGACACUGAGUUUAAGUGUUUUACAAAAUAAAGUGUUUGAGUCAAACAAAUUUGAUCUAAAGCAAGAAGAGCUCUACAGUGUUUUUACGAAGUAUGAUUUAAAACGACUGGAUAUGUAUUCAAAGAAUUUAGCUGACUACCAUCUUAUCACGGAUUUACUUCCUGCAGUUGCGAGACUGUUCUUCCUGCAGAAGAUGAAUUUCCAUCUUUCUGGAGUACAAUGUGCCAUCAUGAUGGGUAUUGGUCUCCAACACAAGACCAUGGAAGACCUUGAGAAAGAAUUAAAGCUUCCUGUCAGCCAACUUCUUGCUUUUAGUCGAAUCAUGAGAAAGGUCGUUAAGAAUUUCACUGAAAUUGUGGAGUUAGCUGUUGACAGUGAGCUGUCGACGAGCAGAGAAGUUAUUAUGGAACCUUUAAGAAAAGAUUUAAAUGAAGAACUUGAGGAAUUAGCUGACGAAAUAAAGCAAAAACACAAGGAGAAAACGGAAAUUUUACAGAAGAUGGAUUUGAGCCAGUACGCCAUCGCAGGAAAGGAUGACGAAUGGAAACAGGCCUUGAAGACUAAAACAUCAACUUCAAUGAUAAGUAUCUCAAGUGACAAACCAUCAAAACGCAAAUCUUCGGAUAUAGAACAGUCACCGAAUUUGAAAAGAAAAAAAGCGAACGAUAAAAAAUAAAAGGGAAAAAGGACAAAAGAAUGGCAGUUGAUUUAAGCAAGAUUCAAUGAGGCUUUAAGGUGGAAUGAAGACGAAAACGGGAUGUGGACUUCUGCAAUGGAAUAGAGAAGUAGAAUUUGUGAUGAAAAUUUUCCUAUUUCUUUUUGCUUCAUUAUUUUGUAAAUUUAUCUCAUGAGUUUUCUCAAAAUUUGUUUUGUGUGCUCAGAAUUGUUAAAUUGAUACUAAUAGGCAGAAAACGUUAUAAGGGGUGUUAGGGUUUGUGUAUUAUUUCACUAUCGCAAAGUAUCUAAGAUAUUCAUUGCACAAUGUGUAAGCUUGA